AUGCCACGAUGCGACUUUUUUCGCGACUUGAAGGAGGCAUCCAACGAGGGCAAUCAUUGUAUGGUAGAUGUGAGAGCUGAGCAUAGCAAUCUCGUGUUUACAACAUCAAGUGAUGUCACCAAGGCGGUCACUGACGCUUUGGAAGCAGUCCAGACCCGUUCGAGCGGAAUCCGUAUCUUUGACAUGCUCAUUCGAAUUUCAAAACUCCUGGACAGGGCGUUCUCACCAAAUGCGUGCGGUGAAGUCGACAUGUCGAAUAUUUGUGGUAAUUUCGACGAGAGCUGUCAACAGUCUCCUCGCACUCCUAACCCUACUCAACCCCGCGUUUCGAAACUAGGUCUGGAUACACCAACCAAAGCUCCUGACGAAAACAUCCUUGCCAGGAUGACAGCAGACAUUUGUACUGUUAAGACAGCCGGCUUCAAGGUUCUAGACUUGUCACUCGUUGAUUUUCAGACCGACCCGCUUCUGGAGUUUCUGCUGUCGACACCCCAUCCAGAUGCUAUGAUGUAA